GUAUGCAUCACUGCCAAAAUUAUGGACAUAGAUGACCAAAUAACAAACAUCCAAACCAAGUCGGGCCGGAAUCUCCCACUGAAAAAUUGUGAUGUUGCAGAUAUCUCUGGGUCAAUAAGAGUGUCUUUGUGGGAUACCCACAUAGACCAGGUGAAUUUGCACAACUCCUACAUGUUUGAUAAUUUGACUGUUAAGGACUUCGAUUCGAAACGCUACCUGUCUACAACAGUCAAGACAACAAUUUCAAAUGCUCGAGACAUCACUGAAGUUGCCUUUGAUGACAAGAUAAACCAACCAACAAAAGUGCAAGGAACACCAUCACUGGCAUCUGUUACCAUCUCUAAUGCCUGCCAAGGCUGCAGCACGAAAAUUGACUUGGCUCAUUCGCAAAUGCAAUCGACACAGUCCUACAAGUGUCAGUCAUGCAAAAUGAGAAUGAAGCUGAGUCAGUGCAAAAAAACCUGCACAGUCAUCAUCCAGUUCAACAACAACCCAACUCGUUUCUCCGUGUACAAUGACACUGUAACGAAAUUCCUGACAUCCUGCAAUAAACUUAACCUACUCAAUGAUGCAGAUGCUCUAGAGGAAUUCCUCAUUGAUAAUGAGCUCAUUCUCACUCUUCACUCUGCUGAGUCCAGAAACCCCAAGACUAUCGAGCUUGCUUAA